GGCAAGGCCAGGCAAGGCAAGGCAGGCUGCGAAGGAAGCUGCCAAGUCAAGCUGGGAGUAAGGGCUCGCUCGCCUCGCCGGAGAAAGGGAGCCGUCGGAGAAGAGGGCAGCCCGGUUUGUUCCCCCCACCGAGGCUAAAGGACACACACCGCUAUGGACUGGAAAUCUCUCAAAGACGUCUUGGGAGGGGUAAAUAGUCACUCCACCAGCAUUGGAAAAAUCUGGCUAACCGUCCUCUUCAUUUUCCGAAUUAUGAUUCUUGUGGUUGCUGCAGAAACAGUCUGGGGAGAUGAACAGCAAGAUUUUACUUGCAACACUCUACAACCAGGAUGCAAAAAUGUCUGCUACGAUACGUUUUUCCCUGUCUCACACAUUCGACUUUGGGCUCUCCAGCUGAUCUUUGUCUCCACUCCUGCACUUUUGGUUGCGAUGCAUGUUGCUUACAGAAGGCGUGAGAAGAAACGGGAAUACAAGCCUGGAGAUAAAGUGGAUUUUGAAGAUCUGAAAAAGCAGAGAUUUCACAUUGAGGGUGCCUUCUGGUGGACAUACAUCAGCAGCAUCAUCUUCCGAAUCAUCUUUGAAACUAUCUUCACAUAUAUUUUCUAUUUCUUAUAUGGAAGCUAUACAUUUCCUCACUUAGUCAAAUGUAGUGAUUAUCCUUGUCCAAACACAGUGGACUGUUUUGUUUCCCGACCCACUGAGAAAACUGUAUUUACCAUAUUCAUGCUGGCGGUUUCAGGCAUCUGUUUGCUGCUGAAUAUACUUGAAUUGGCUUAUCUGAUACUCAAGUCUUGUGUGAGGAAAUCUAAGAUGGUGAAAGCACUGCCCAGUAAUUAAACGUCCAUGUGUCUAAUAGUGAAAUCGCUAUAGAAAAUGGUCAGCAGGAUUUUCAUUUUCUAGAAUAAAUUUAUAUGAUGUGUUUUUAAAUGGUCAUAGUAUUUUGUUUGAUAUUUGUUCUAGAAUACAGCUAGGAAUCAUCUGCCCCUUCAGCUGGAACUGUACUUCCCAGCAUUAUUUACCAUUCACUGAUGAAGGUUGCAGUCCUUUGUAUUCACAGGUUCCACCAUCCAUGUGGCGUAGUGGGUUAAACCCCUGUGUCGGCAGGACAGAAGACCGACAGGUUGCAGAUUCAAAUCCGGGGAGAGGUGGAUGAGCUCCCUCUAUCAACUCCAGCUUCUCAUGCGGGCACGUGAGAGAAGCCUCCCACA